UUUGACCCAACCCUAGCUCACAAGAGUAGGGACAUUCUAAUGACAAAAAAAGCCUAACAAAAAAAAUUACUCUAAUAAAAAACAAAAAGGAAGGAGGAGUCCCUCUCCUUGAGUGCUUUGCCGGCAGCCCACCACCAAAAGAGUGUCAAGACUCUCCCUUCAAGCUCGCCUCGCCUCGCCGAAGAAACCCAAACCAUACAGCAAGCCACGCCAAACUUCCGGCCUGUUGUCCAAGAAACCGAUCGGAAAUCACCAUGUCCUGCCACCUCAGAGCGGAGGACCUCCACCCGUCUGUGUCCCUCAGUUUGGGAGCCCAAACCCACUGCUGCAAUCUCCGUCCAGUGACCCACAGCAUAGAGAAGCAAUCAGCGCCAUAUUUGUUAAUACCCCUCCUAACUCCUAAGCGUCAUCUUUUAAGCUCUCUGGUGAGAGUGUCUUCAACUCUUUUUGUGUGAUUGCAUCUGACGGGAAAUCUACCACCUCCAAAUGAGGUCGCCAAUGUCAUCUUGAAGGUUGGAUCCAUCGGAUAAUGUAAAGUAAUUCAAAUUUCUGUAAGUAAUUUUGGACAACUCUAUAUAUAUUAUGAUUCUGAUUCCAAAAAUUUUAAAUAAAAUAAGGAUUUCUUUUAAAUAAAUAAAAAAUGUCUCUCAUGUCAAACUCCAACCUAGCUAGCUACUCAGUACCCAACUCAUGGGUGGUCCAACUGUAAGUCCAUAAGUCUUUACCACAGUGCUACUCUGCUCUACUGUAGAAUGUAGACCAAUAAUUGAACUCCAAUUCCUGUUACUCAUCUCCUUUCGGUUACUUCAUCAUUGUUCCCCUGAAGAAAGCCAGGGGCAGGGAAACCAUGGAAGAAGGGCUACUAACUCUAUCAGGGUCAAAGUCCAAUAAUAAUGAAGCUUCAGGUGGUUGCAGUGACGUGAUAAACCCAAGUGGGUCCUCCUCAUCGGCCACCCUUGUUGUGGUUCUGAGCACAUUGGUCGCACUAUGUGGUUCCUUCGGCUAUGGCUGUGCUGUAGGAUAUUCAUCCUCUGCUGAAUCUGGAAUUCUGGAAGACUUGGACCUUACUGUUGCAGCAUACUCAGUUUUUGGUUCAAUAUUGACGAUUGGAGGAAUGAUUGGUGCGCUAGUAAAUGGCAAGAUAACCGAUCUCAUUGGUCGUAGAGGUACAAUGUGGCUGUCUGAAACGUUCAGUGCUGCAGGAUGGCUCGCCAUAGCAUUUGCACAGAAUGCUUGGUGGCUUGAUUUAGGACGGUUGUCAGUGGGAUUUGGCUUUGCUAUAAUAUGCUACGUGGUACCUGUAUACAUAGCAGAAAUAACACCCAAGGAUCUUAGAGGAAGAUUUACUUCAGCUUGUCAGUUGAUGAUUAGCUGUGGCUUAGCACUAGCGUUUUUCCUUGGAAAUGUCAUAAGCUGGCGGACCUUGGCUGUUAUCGGUGCUAUUCCAUCUCUUGUACACAUUAUUGGUUUAUUUUUUAUUCCAGAGUCUCCAAGGUGGCUGGCCAAAGUUGGUAGGCACAAGGACUUUGAAGCAGCUCUUCAGCGUCUGAGAGGAAAGAAUGCUGACAUAUCUCAAGAAGCAGCUGAAAUCAUGGAGUAUACAGAAAUGUUUCAGCAGCACUCGGAAAAAGUCCUAGACUUGUUCCAAAAGAGAUAUGCUUACUCACUCAUUGUUGGAGUUGGGCUCAUGUCACUGCAACAAUUUGGGGGUGCUAAUGCAGUAGCAUAUUACGCAAGUUCUAUAUUUGUAGAUGCAGGUUUUUCAAGCAGCAUUGGGACUAUAACAUUGUCUCUCAUUGGGAUUCCUGGUAUUGUGUUGAGUGUGCUCUUAACAGACAAAGUCGGAAGACGACCACUUCUAAUGGUUUCUGCUGGCGGAUUGUGCCUGAGUGCCCUUGUUGUGGGUUUGGCAUUCUUCUUUCAGGACAUCAACUUCUGGAAAGAGCUCACUCCCAUUUUGGUGUACAUCGGCUUGUUGGGUCAAAGUCUAUCAUACACAACAGGUAUAGCAGGAUUACCCUGGGUUAUUAUGUCAGAGAUAUUCCCCAUAAACGUUAAAGGUACAGCUGGAAGCGUGUUGAGUUUGGUGAAUUGGUCCUGUGCUUGGAUAGUAACGUACACCUUCAAUUUCAUGAUGGAAUGGAGCUCAGAAGGGACAUUUUUCUUCUUCUCAGCCAUUUCCGGCUUAACAGUUCUGUUCGUAGCAAAGCUAGUGCCAGAGACAAAGGGGCGAAACCUAGAAGAAAUACAAGCAUCAAUGGCCCAUUUCCUCUGACAAUAAAAUGAAAUAUGUCUCCAUUCCAUCUAUGAAGGAAGAUCGAUUUUUUUUUUUUUUUUUUUGAACACAGAUGGUCAAUAUGCAUGGUAAAAUGGCAAAAUCUUAUCACUUUUUUGCCUCUUUCUUGUAUCAUAAUGAUUGAAAAGAAGUUAUACUCCUGCAAAUAUGGGAAUCCAUUAUCAUGGAUUUGCACCACCCAAUUUGGGUUGCUA